GUCGGCGGACCGUGACCGGGAACUGGGGAAUUUUUUGGACAACUUCAGAGAUGUGACGACAUAGCACAGCGGUCUUCAGCACCAUGAAUAUUACGACAAAGCAAAGCGUAUAGAAGCCACCCUGUCAUGCUGAGACGCCCAUCAAUGGCGUCGGCUCACUUUCCGGUGCCCUCGCUGAGGCUUCUACGAUUUCUGCGAUGCCAGUCUGAGAACUUCAGCUUCAGCUUCUUCAAUCCGAGCCACGGUGGUACCACGCGCAAGAUCCUCAACCUGUCCAGGAAGGCAUCUCGAGCUCUGUCAAAAGAUUGCACAGUUUCAAAAACUCGACAUGACUACCACCUCCAAGCUGGACUGCUUGAUCUGGGGCUCCUUUCGCCAAAUCGUACACCCUGUGCCCUGAAGAACGCAAGGAGUAAGCGACCAGCAUUCUUUACAACGACAGUUGCGCCCCGACACAGCUCGAUAGCCUCAAAUGCGCCGCCGUCAUGUAAGCAAACAUUGGGUGAUCAAGGCACAUGGCCAAAGGCGACUGAGUUGAAGCCCGAUGACCUCCCAGAGCCCAAUGCAGACGGUGAGAAUAAUUCCAUGUUCAACACCCAUCGACAACUCAGCCGACAGGCAGCUCUGGAGCCGCGGCUGCGCUGCACUGAGGUCGACGAGAACGGUGCUGCCAUAGUAGUGGAUGGCGAGUUCAAGAAAAGCGAACUGAUCGCCAGGUUUGGUCUGUUGCCUCGCGACUUGCGCAAAAUUGACUCAUCCAAUUUACCCCAUAUCCUCGUCCGACCGCAGUCUAUCCUACUCAACCUGCUCCACCUGAGGGUCCUUAUUAAGUACAACCGGGUCUUGCUCUUCGAUGUCUACGGCUCCAAAAGCUCCUACCCACAGUCUGCCUUUAUGUAUGAUCUACAACACAAGCUCCAACAAAGGACAUCUCCGGGCAAUGGUGGCUUGCCCUACGAGUUCCGCGCUCUCGAAGCUGUCCUUCAAUCAGUCACCCAAGAACUCGAAUCCGACUUCGAAGCCGUCCGCGACCCUGUCAUUCGCCUGCUUAGCGAGCUCGAAGAUGACAUCGACCGUCACGGCCUGCGGUUUCUCCUCAUCCUUUCUAAGAAGCUGAGCACCUUUGAGCAGAAGGCGAGACUUGUGCGAAAUGCCCUCGACGACGUGCUGGAGGCCGACGAUGAUUUGGCUAUGAUGUAUCUCACUGAGAAGACGCACGAUAUCUAUCGAGAAGUGGAUGACCACACUGAAGUCGAGAUGCUGUUGGAGUCCUAUCAUAAGCUCUGCGACGAAAUCGUAGAAGAGGCUGGCAACUUGGUGUCAAGCAUCAGGAACACCGAGGAGAUCGCCCGUGCAAUUCUCGACGCCAAUCGCAACUCCCUCAUGCUGCUCGAUUUGAAGUUUAGCGUAGGUACACUCGGCCUCGCCAUGGGGACCUUCAUCGCCGGUCUCUAUGGCAUGAACUUGGAGAACUUCAUCGAAGAGACGAAUUGGGGCUUCAGCGCCGUCACCGGCGUCUCGGUAAUACUCUCCCUCUGGGUCUGCGCGUACGGCCUGAAGAAGCUGCGCAGAGUCCAAGUAAUGAAGAUGCAGGGUGACGAGCGCGGCAGCCUGAAAAAAGUCAGCGGCUACCACUGGUUCCACGAUGAGGGACACGGCGCCAUGCUGGACCCGCGCAACCGGGAGAAGCUGAGGCGGUUGCAGAUCAAGAAGGCUAGUAAUGCCGACAAGAAGAAGUGGUGGCAGGUGUUCGAAGGGCGGUAAAGUUACAUCAAUGACCGCCGCUGCAAUCCCCGCGGAAAGAUAAGCUAAUAACAGCAUCAUGUAAAUCGUUCAUUUUGUAAUGAGGAAAUGGCAUGUUGGAUCUAGGUAGUUGAGGAUGAGGAUGACGCUGAUGUGCUGUGCUGUGUCAAGCUGGGAAAAGAGACACUCAGGCACAAGUUCAGCCGUGUGUACGUUAAUUGUCACGACAGCUGACUCCCGGUGACGGCCCGGUGACGGCACCGAUUUGCGAAUCUUUCAGAGGCACACUCUGAUGGUAUAUACCCACAAUAGACAGGAAUCUCACUCUGAUCGGGGUGUUUGUUUGACGACCAUACAACGGAUUCAAGCAUGUGAAGAGCAUCUGUGAUGCAACGACCUCGAUACCUGAGCCAGCUGCUUCAUAAGGCAAAGAUCAUCAC